CCUCUCCCUUUGCUGCCUCACUCAUUCCCUGAGCAGCACACUGAGCUGGAUAACGUCUCCUUCAACCCGCAGCACAGACUCAUUUCUCUACACACCAGCUCUGAGUGGAUGCUCAGCAGGGGUGUUUGAGAUAUUAGCGCGCUGUGGGGGGAAACGGCUUAGGGACUUCUACCAUCCACAUACCAAGAGCCGGCAGUCAGGAGGAAUAUGGGCAAAUCCGAAAGCCAAAUGGAUAUCAUGGAGAAAUCAAGUAAACCUGGAAAGCGCCGUUGGACUGUUGCAGAAAUCGGUCUGUCCGUGCUGCUGCUGUUGGUCAGCUGUGCCUUGGCUGGGUUGGCAGUCCUCUACACAUCGGUUGUGAAAGAGCAAUCCAACAGGACAACUUUGUCGAGGAGCACAACAAGUGAAGGCCAGCUGAUUCGCUCCAACAGUGUGUGUACAACUGCAGACUGUGUUACUGCAGCUGCUCGGCUGUUGCAGAACAUGGAUAAGUCUGUGGAGCCUUGUGAUAACUUCUACCAGUACGCCUGCGGGGGUUGGCUGGAGAGACACGUGAUCCCGGAGACGAGCUCCCGCCACAGCAUCUUUGACAUUCUGCGGGACAAGCUAGAGAUUGUACUCAAAGGUGUUCUCGAGACGGACAAUGAAGAGGACAGAAAUGCCAUCAAGAAGGCCAAAGUCCUUUACAACUCCUGCAUGAAUGAGAGCCUCAUAGAGCAGCGUGACUCUAGGCCCCUCCUGAGGCUCAUCGAGAGUAUCGGGGACUGGCCUGUGGCGACAGAUGACUGGAACAUCACUACCGAGGAAGCAUGGAGCCUUGAGGACACACUGGCCAAGCUUACCGCUAAUUUCCACAAGAAGGUUCUGCUGGACAUGUAUGUGUGGACGGACGACCGGGACUCUCGGCGCCAUAUCAUUUAUAUUGACCAGCCGGGACUUGGAAUGCCAUCAAGAGACUAUUACUUCAACGAUGGAAACUACAAAAAAGUUCGAGAGGCAUAUCUACACUUCAUGGUUUCUAUUGCGAAGAUAACUCGAGAGGACAGGAACUUGACUCAGGAUGACGACCGAGUGUGGGAGGAAAUGAUGCAAGUGCUGGAGCUGGAGACAGACAUCGCCAAUGCCACAUCACCGGCAGAGGAGCGCCAAGAUGUCACCGUUCUCUACAACAAGAUGACACUUGGAGAGCUACAGAGCACAUUCAACUUUAAUGGUUUUAACUGGACACGUUUUAUCCAAGGUGUGCUGGCCAGCGUGUCUGUUGACAUCCAGCUGGAGGAGGAGGUGGUGGUGUACAGCUCUCCGUACCUCGAGAAGAUGAAUGAUGUUCUCCCCAAACACAGUGUCAGGACUAUGCAGAACUACCUCACCUGGCAGCUCAUCAUUGACAGGGUUAAUAGCUUGAGCCGCCGUUUCAAAGACGCCAGAGCCCGUUACAGAAAGACUCUCUACGGGACCACUGUGGAGGAUGCUUGGUGGCGGGAAUGUGUCCGCUAUGUCCAGAACAGCAUGGAGAACGCAGUUGGAGCUCUGUAUGUGCAUGAGACUUUUGCUGGAGAAAGCAAACGAAUGGUCAGUGACCUUAUCAGUAAGAUCCAGCAAGCGUAUGUGGAAACACUGGAGGAGUUGAGCUGGAUGGAUACUCCUUCGAAGGAGAAGGCAAGAGAGAAGGCCAUGGCAAUCAAGGAGCAUAUUGGCUAUCCGGAUCAUAUUCUGCAGAAAAGCAACCAGAAGCUUGACCAGGAGUACGCUCAUCUGAAUUUUAGUGAAGAAAACUACUUUGAGAACAUCCUGGAAAACCUCAAGUCUGAAGCACAGAAGAGUCUGAAGAAGCUCAGAGAACCAGUCGACCCAGACUUGUGGAUCAUUGGUGCUGCUGUGGUGAACGCAUUCUACUCACCCAACAGGAAUCAGAUAGUCUUUCCAGCAGGAAUCCUGCAGCCGCCUUUCUUCAGUAAACAUCAGCACCAGGCCCUUAACUUCGGUGGAAUAGGAAUGGUUAUCGGACAUGAGAUCACACACGGAUUUGAUGACAACGGGCGUAAUUUUGACAAAGAUGGUAAUAUGCUGAACUGGUGGAGUAAUUUCUCUGCUGAGCAUUUUAAAGAUCAGUCACAGUGCAUGGUGCAACAAUAUGGCAACUUCAACUGGAAGCUGGCAGGUGGUCAAAACGUCAGUGGAAUCAGCACUUUGGGGGAGAACAUUGCAGACAAUGGAGGUGUUCGUCAAGCAUUUAAGGCUUACCUAAAGUCGGUGGAGAUGAACGGUGAGGAUUCUCGUCUCCCUGGGCUAGACAUGGACCACAAGCAACUGUUCUUUCUUAACUUUGCCCAAGUAUGGUGUGGUGCUUAUCGGCCUGAGUAUGCCAGCCAGUCUAUCAAGACUGACUCACACAGUCCUUUAGAGUACAGGGUGCUUGGAUCUCUCCAGAAUUUCGAAGCGUUCUCAGAAGCUUUCCAGUGCAAGAAGGGCAGUCUGAUGAACCCCGAGCAGAAGUGUCGUGUCUGGUAGAAAGUUUUACUCUUGAGAAAAAUGUAUUUCUUGACUUGGGCAACUCAAAUCAUAAGAGCAAGUUGUCCACCUUAAACCCAAAUAGACAUCCCUGCUUAUUUCCAAUUGAUUUUGGGCAGAGUAAUGACACAGAUCUUUGCAUAUACUGUAGACGGAUAACAUCCUGGACUACACCCUAGUUUCAAAUCAUGAAGCAUGUAUAGUAUAGAAAGGAACUUGCUAGAGUAUCUUCUCAAGUUUGACGCGGUGUCUCCGGAUGAAAAGGUCACUUGUUCUUUCUUUGCUCUGUCCCACGGCAGAUGACGAGUGGGUACAUGAAUAUAAAGGCUAUAUAGAAUGGUCAAGGCUUAAAUGGCCCGUUUGAAAUGCUUUGCCAGCCUUUCUUGAACUACUGCUUUAAAAAAUCUCUUGUGCAGAUCUUGUGAUUUAUCCAUUAUCGUUUGGCGCAAAACUGCCUUGGUAUCUCUACUCUAAUGUUUUGUUUUUAAGACAUUGUGCCACUUCAUAAGAAACAAUAAUGAAAAAAUCUAACUCUGAAUGAAGAGUGUGAAAUAAAUGAAAGCUCAGGGCUUUGCCGAAGUAAACUACAAUAUAAUUAGUCACACUCUGAGAGUUUGUUCAUUCACUGUUACAUGAAACAAAUUACCUAAAGACUUUAAGACUGUUAAAUCUUUGCAGCUUUAACCUUAAAUUAACAUCCUGAAAGAGCUGCGGCUUUCAACAUUUUUACACUUACAGAGUGGAUAAACAAUUAAAAUGUACAGAACUUUGUGAAGGAUAAUUUUUCUAAGUUUCUUUAUCACUUCCUGCAAAAGAUUGUUGCUCACUGCAGAAUUUUUGUUUGUGUGUCCUUUCCUGUAAGUAACCAUAUUCCAGAUGUUUUGAAAAGUACUAGUCGCCUGCUUCUUUUAUAGAUAGUAAGAGAACACCUCUGAUAUUGAUUAAAAAAAACAACAAUCUAUAUCAGUUUAGAUACAGGUUUGGAUAUACAGUAGGUAGCUAAUCACAGCUGUGUUGUGUGCUUGAAGCCCAUUCCCUCUAUCUCUCUGAUCUAUUCGCCCUGUUACGUCAUUUUGAGAGGCUAUCAAGCUAUGUAAACACAUAACAGGUGCCAUUUGUUGUAUGACAUUUAUUCAAAGUUAUAUUGUCUGCUUGUAUGCUAUCUGUAAUUUUAACUCAACAUGGUGAUUGAUAUGUAGAAGAACAGUCAUUUACUUCGCGAUGCGGUCCCCUGAGAGGAGAAGAACACACAGUGAUUACACAACUUUGAACCUCUGGGCAUACCCAAUUACUUGCUGAGGGAAAGGGAGAAGACAAACCCAUCUCUCUCACACUCACACUCGCACUCGCACACACACACACACACACACUCACACUCACACUCACACUCACA